AUGUCUGUGACACUACCUAGCGUCGUCCUCGUCCCGGGGGCUUGGACUGCACCCAAAGCAUACCACAAGCUGAUUUGUGCCUUGGAGGCGAAAACUUUCAAGACUGUUUGCGAAGCCGUACAGCCUCUGGUCGACGCCGGCCAAGAGGUCAUCAUGCUAAUGCAUUCAUAUGGCGGCAUUGCGGGAACCAGCGGUAUCAGAAACUUCACCCGCAAGGACAGACAGGCGAGGAACCUACCCGGUGGUGUGGUCAGUCUCAUCUACGCGGCCGGAUUCAUGCUCAGCGAAGGCCAGACGAUUCGAACAGUGGUGCAAGCCGUCAACCUCCCCGGAAGAAGCUCACUCGUGAAAUUCAGCAUCGACAACAGCACUUGGUUUCCCAUAGACCCCAUCUGGCUCCUGUAUCACGACUUGGCACCCGAUGAUCAAGAGGAGCAGGUCAAGCUGUUGAAAUGGGGCAACGCUGCGAUUUUGACUGGGCAGACAACCUACGCUGCAUGGAAAGACGUACCGACGCUCUAUAUUCGAUCGUUGAAGGAUCGUUGGCUGCCGCCCGAGUUCCAGGACUUCUGCCUCCAGAACGCAGCCGAUGUAGGAGCGCCUGUCCGCGUCGCUGCCCUCGAUUCUGGUCAUUCGCCUUAUAUCAAUUUCGCGGCUGAGUUGGCUCAGAUGACUUUUGAAGCUGCGAUCGAUGCACAGGCCCAUUUAUCAUAG